AUGAUUGUGAGGAAAUUUAGACCUAGCACACGAAGGCUUUACAAGGACCCCGGCAGAGACAUUAUCAAUCAACGGAUCCUGAGUGAAGAUGUAGCCGAGAAACUGGUGACUGAGUUCAUUACCCGCCUGGGGCACGUCAUCCAGAUCAGAUCUAUUGCGGACUUCACUUCGGCCGCUACGAUCAGACAAGGAUCGCCCUUGCUCUACGCUGUUUGUUGCCUGCAUGGACUACGAUUCUGCAAAGACCCAGACUUGGUCAACACAGCUGUCCAUCGCCAGCUGUAUGAAGAAGUCCGAGAAAUGCUUGGCCAGGUGGUUCUCGCAAGCCCUGUCCCUCUUGAGGAGUUAUACGCCUUACUAAUCAUGAGUAUCUUCGAAGCGGCACCAAGACCCGUUUUCGAAUAUAUCGAAAGUUGGCUCCUAAGUGGCAUCUGUGCACAACAAGCCAUAUCAACCAUCGACUUCGUUCAAAUCAUGACCAACCUAAGGUUAGGAAAGCAUGAGAACAGAGACAGGAGAUCGAUGUCCUUAUGGAACAAUAUUUGUCUUGUCAAUCUCAGGUUCGCUGUUGGUACGGGCAAGCCUACUACAAUUCCCUCAGAGCUGUUAGAUCAGUGUCCAGCCAUUCUCAAUCACCCCGAAGCUACACUCGAUGACGGGUUAGUGUUGGCAGAGGUCCUUCUUUUCUCUACUCUAUGCAACAAGCAAGUGCCGCCAUCACUUGAUCGUGAUGGUUCUUGCCAUGACUUGACUAUGUGGGAGAAGAGAUGGAAACAUCUCUUAUCAUCCCAAAGAGCGAUCUGCCUAAGAUUCUGUCGGGAUUUUGCGUAUCUCGUGAUGGCCAUGCGUUCGGUCGACAAAUGCCGAUCAAACACGGUUGAUCAGUCAACUGUUCAGCCAAACCAGUGGCGCUCAAACGACAUAGUUCCGCCUGUCGGCGGUGAUCUUGCCAAGGAGCAUUUCGACAUCAGCCUUCUCUCUGAUUCCUUUCAAGCAUCUGCACAUAAGCAUGCGCUGCUGAUGGCCCGGACCUUUCUGGAUAUGCCGACAGCUCUUGUCCAGGAAUUGCCAAAGUUCCACCACAUAUGUAUUUCUUAUUGCACCCUCGUGCUGUCUGAAUUCAUCGACAAAGCCGGUGUUCCGCCCAAGCAAGUCUUGGAGACUCUUAGUGACGUCGUCGCCCACUAUUGUCAGUUCUCUGAGGAGAUUCCUGCGGUCAUGAGUGUUGCCAUGGAGAAGCUGAGACUCGGUCUGGGGCGGGAUGUGACUUCCAAACGGCAAAGGCGGUAUCAGCCUAUCCACCAGGACCCCAGUCACGCUGAAAUCAACACCUCGGAUUCUCACAAGAUCGAUGUAAAUCCGCCUGUUAAUACCGUCGAACUCAACCGAGAUUUUAACAUGGAUGAGUUUGACCAUGAAAUGGAUCUAUCCUCGUUUCCCACCGUCGAGGACUUCUUCGAAAACUGGAUGGUGGACAUUGGGGACGAUUUCGCACAUGACUCGAACCAAGGCUGA